AGGCGCGAGGACCUAGCCGUUCGCGCUCCUGCCACCUCUGCUCGUGGGUUUAUAUUUUUUAUAGAUAAUUUGGCCAAGUUUUUUUCUUUCUUUUGCGGCUGUCAUUAUUGACUGUCUCAACUCGAUAGCUGUGGUAUAUUUCCCCAUCUAUUGGGAAACCAUUAGGAAAAGACUGGUCCGCGUGUAAGGCUUUCAAAAGCAAAACAAACUUUGUGUUUUGAACGUGACACGUCUCUGACUCCACUCGCUCAACCUCGCAACAACCAGCGAGAGAGAGAGAAUUAUUUACGCUGCUUCUCGCCGUUAUAAUUUUUUUUACUUUAUAUACCGGCGUUUGAGAGAGGUUGAAAAUCAUCUCCUUGCCUGCUCUUCCUUCGAGAAUCUUCUCAGAAACAAGAGAGAUAGAAAAAAUAACGAUUGCCGGCACCUGAUACACAAACGUCACGUGACUUGACACACCUGUUCUCCGGAAAGGAGGAAAAAUAUCCGGCUGUGCAUUUUGGACACCUUUAGAAUCCUUGGAUUGCUCUGCAUAAAUCGCUUGCGGUUCUGAAAUACACUCAAGAUGUCUCGCAAAACUAAGCUUAAACCUACGGAACAGCUCAACGAAGACAUGGACAAGAUGUUUGAGGGUCAAGCCAGCGAAGAUUUCUCGCUUGACCAGCUGUCCUCGGCAACUGAUGUCACGGCCUCUUGGACCCCAGGCUAUAGUGAUGAGUCCCAGGUCCGCGAUAUGUCUGAGCUGAGACUCCGUGAGAUGGAUAUUGACUAUCAUGCAAGUGACAGCUUCCCUCACAUGCAUCACACUCUGAAGCCACACCGAGUGCGUCGCAAGAGCCACCGCACUAGCGAUGAUGCCCCUCCCCCUUACUCAAGCAUUGAAAGCAAGGAAGAAGCUAAUACUGGUGCUGUGAGUUUCGAAGUAGGGGACCCUGAUCUGCCAGAAGGGUGGUCUGUUGGAAAACAUGUCAAGAAGGAUGCGAGCAAGCAGCCGCAAACACCGAGGAAGGAUGAGGAAGAGCCAGAGAGUGACAAUGACGACGAGGAGUCUUCCCCUCUGCUUGGAGAGGACAAUAAGCUCAAACCUUGUAUCCGCUCUCCUGACUCGGAACCCCUGGCAUAUAUAGAUGAAUCUUCUCGUAAGAAGACCCGCGUCCAGUUCGAUAUCGGUGAAGAAGAGCACCAUGAUUUGGAAAACAAAGAAGUUCCUCGGAAGAGGCGAAGCCACCGUCGUCGUCGCGACUCUGUGGAGGAUCCAUCCUGGCGCCGUCAUGCUGGAAGCGAGCAUGAACUGCAGACAUAUGCUUCCAAGGCCAUUCACGAGGAGGUGGACUAUCUCAAGGAACACGAUUUGGAUGACAUUGCAAGCCAUAGGUUUGAAGACCCAAGUGCUUACAGGAGGCCACGCGUACGUGCUCGUUCAUCUGUGUCAUCAAUCAUUCACAUGAAUGAAGCUGGGAAUGAGAAGGCUGAUCGACAGCAGCCCAUGGUCAAGAAGUCAUAUGAUCAUAGUCCGCAUGAGAUCUUCGUUGAAUUGGAUGAGUUGCGCUACUCCGAGGGACACCUGGAGUGGAAGGAGACCGCUCGUUGGAUCAAGUAUGAGGAGGAUGUAGAGGAUGUGGCUAACCGCUGGGGCAAACCCCACAUUGCCUUCCUCAACUUCCAUGCACUCUUCUCCCUGCGCAAAGGCCUCGAUACAGAUCGACAUCGAGGGCGAGGCCCAGCCGAAAGACAAGGGCGGCUCGAAGGAUGACCUGCGCAGGAAUAACAAGGACUUGCUCAAGAAGAUCCCCGAGGGCGCCGAGGCCACGGCUGUGCUGGUGGGCGCCGUAGACUUCCUCAAGCAGCCUACCAUCGCCUUCGUCAGGCUGGCUGAGGGCGUCAUGAUGGACAACCUGGUGGAGGUGCCCAUCCCCGUGCGCUUCAUGUUCGUGCUGCUGGGCCCCUUCCACGGCGAGAUGGACUACCACGAGGUGGGGCGCUCCAUCUCCACCCUCAUGUCCGACAAGGGCUUCCACGAGGUGGCCUACCGCGCCCACUCGCGCGGCCAGCUGCUCUCGGCCAUCAACGAGUUCCUGAACGCCUCCAUCGUGCUGCCGCCCUCCGACUGGAACAACAAGGACCUGGUGCCCAUCGACGACAUCCGCGCCAAGGCCAACCAGAUCAUGAAGAAGAAGGAGAGCCUCCGCUCCAAGCGCAAGCAGACGGAGACCGCGGCCGUGACCCCGGCCUCCGCAGGCGAUGGCGACGGCGGGAAGAAGAGGCCUCCUCCGAGGGAUCCUCUCAUCCGCACCGGGAAGCCCUUCUUCGGCGUCCUGCAGGACCUCAAGACCCGCUACCCGCUCUACCUGUCCGACAUCAAGGACGGCCUCAGCGGGCAGGUGCUGGCGGCCGCCAUCUUCAUCUUCUUCGCCGCGCUCUCCGCCGCCAUCACCUUCGGCGGCAUCUACGGCGACCGUAUGAACAACUACAUCGGCGUGGGCGAGACGCUGCUCAUGUCCUCCGUCAACGGCAUCAUCUUCGCCCUGUUCGCCGCCCAGCCGCUGCUCAUCGUGGGCGCCACGGGCCCGCUCAUGAUCUUCGACAUGAGUCUGUACUCGUUCUGCCAGUCGUAUGAGAUCGACUUCCUGGCCACGCGAGUGUGGGUGGGAAUAUGGAUGACUGUGACCGCCGUCCUUGUCACCGCCUUCGAGGCCGUGGCCAUCGUCAAGAAGUUCACCCGCUUCACCGAGGAGAUCUUUUCGACGCUGGUGUGCCUCAUUUUCAUCUACGGCGCCUUCGAGAAGCUGGCCGAGAUCUUCGUCCAUCACCCGCUGCAGUCCAAGUAUGGCUUCAAGGACAUCAACGGCUCGGAAAUUGCAUCUGGCAUCAUCAUCAAUGGAUCCCUCUAUAACGCAACCAACAUGGAAGACGAGGACGUGACAGCCAUCGAACCAGCUCAGCCCAACACUGCUCUCCUCUCCAUGAUUCUGAUGAUCAGCACCUUCCUCAUUGCCUUCAAGCUCAAACAUUUCCGUAACUCCAAGUUCCUCGGCAGAAGUGUACGUCGUGCUCUUGGUGACUUUGGUGUGCCCAUCUCCAUUGUCCUCAUGGUCACCCUGGACUACCUCAUCCAUGACACCUACACCGACAAGCUCACCAUGCCCGAAGGUCUCAGCCCAUCCAACCCAGAAAUCAGAGGAUGGAUGAUCAACCCCAUGGGUGUCACCAAGGCACUGCCCAUCUGGGUCAUCUUCCUUGCUGCUCCUGCUUCCCUCCUCCUCUUCUGCCUCGUAUUCCUGGAAGAGAACAUCUGCCACCUUAUCUUGAGCAAGCCUGAGAAGAACAUGGUAAAGGGAACAGGUUUCCAUUGGGAUCUGAUCCUCUCCGGUUUCAUCAAUUUUGUGUCUGGGCUCUUUGGUGCUCCCUUCAUGGGCCCGGCCUGCGUGAGAACUGUGUCCCACACCUCUGCUCUGACCGUCAUGAGCUCAACCCAUGCCCCUGGAGAGUCUCCUAAGAUUGUGGGCGUUCUUGAGCAGCGAGUUAGUGCCGUCAUUGUGUCAGUCUUGGUGGGACUGUCAGUGUUCCUGACAGCAGCUCUUAACCUUGUACCAAAGUCUGUGCUGCUAGGUAUCUUCCUGUACAUGGGUAUCUCUGCCACAGCUGGUAUUCAGUUCCUCGAGCGCACAAUUCUUUUCCUCAUGCCAGUCAAGCACCAUCCUAAUGUAGCUUAUGUGAAGAAAGUGCGCACAUGGAAGAUGCAUGCUUACACCGGCAUCCAGCUCCUUAUGUUGGUAAUCCUAUGGAUUGUAAAGCAGUCUCCUGCUGCUCUCUGCUUCCCAUUCGUGCUCAUGUGCCUCAUUCCCAUUAGAUUGUACCUUCUUCCCUAUGCAUUCAGUGGAGUUGAGCUCAAUGCACUUGACGGAACUGAGGCCACAGCCACAGCAAACAACGAUGAUGAUGAGCCUGACUUCUUCGAGGAAGCUCACGAUUUGCCGACAUACAUUGACCAUCACCACCAGAACUGAAGGCCGCCCCCUCCCUUGCACAGAAGAUCGUCUCAGUUCUGCAGUAGAUCUGUUCAAAGGAAAGAAAAACAACACAAACUGGUUAUGUUUAAGUAGGCUUUUAUCUUUUAGAAAAGGAAGAAUUUGUUUUCUUUCUCAUUUUAAAUUUAAAUUUCUCCAUGUAGAUAUCCUCAAAAUUUUACUCUGAGUCUUUUAAAGUGGAUUUCUUAUUCCUGAAAACUGGAAAGUAAUUGGUGAAUUUAUCACUGGUACUUACAGGUAAUAAACAAUUGUUGAGGAUUUAGACAAACAGCCAUGAUUCAGUGUAAUUUUUAUGGCUUUUUAGUCAGUUGUCUAGGUUUUAUCAUCAUUAAUUGUUGAUGGAAUGACAAUAUAUAUUCAAAGGAGGAUCUGAACAUGCUGUGCAUGAUGAAUUUAUUGUCCUCUCAUGAAGGAGAAAUAUCACUUAGGGAGAUUGAUUGUUUUGCUGCUUUCAGUACAAUAGUCAUCUCUUUUUUUACACUUGUAGAGAAAAUUGGACUGAAGUUCAACAUGUAAUUAUUUCUAUCCAAGUAAUUCAAGUUUAUUUAACAGAAUUUUACUUUUAAAGCUUAUUAUUCUUAGCUGGAGUAUUUUAAGUCACUUAACCAGACCCAGUGAUGGAUCUGUUCACAGUUGUGAAGGAACAGUACAAGACUUUUAUCAUUCCACAAUAUGGUGCUGAAUAAACACAUAGGUGCUUUAGUAAAACAUCUUUUCUGUGAGGAAGAGGCUGUAAGCUGUUUAGAUGCUCCGUCCAUCAGUAUUUAAGGUGAAGAUAUUUUUUUCCGAAUGAAAAGCAAUUUGCUCAAGUUAGUUGGUUUUGCAGAAAAAAUUAUAGGAUGUUCCAUUAAAGUUGAAAGGCAGAUUGUAUUAGAUAUUUAUGUGAUAUGAUUAUAUAGUUUUUAUUAUUAUUAAUGAUAAUCUAGCAUAUGUAGGGUUUAUGCAAGUACAGUACUCUGAUCCUGUUGUAAGGCCCCAAACUGCAGCUGUUUAGUGAAUCCAUUUAGACACCAAAUAGCGACCAAGAGCACAGCCUAACUCUCCAUUGCUCUUACUUGUUCUUUUGUGUCUAGCAGAGGCAUUGGCUUGCAAAAAUUUUAUCUGCAGAAUCUGGUAUCCAGGGAGGCUGGGACUGUUGUGGGUCAUUUUAUUUAUCUUUUUUCUUCUUUUUUGAGACCUGACGUUCCUAUCUAUUAGUAAUAUAUCACUCAAGUGUUGGCUUCAAGACACCUAUAACUAUGUAAUUGUAGUUGUUAUUGUGUUGUGGACUGUAAAUGCAUUGCUAUUAGUUUAUCACAUUUCCAUGUGCCAAAUUGAUUAAUGUGUUUUCAUUAUCUUUUUUAUGGAUUUUUUAUGGAUUUUGAUUUGAAGAACAAUUUUGACCAAAAGGUAAUCAAUCGUGGAUUCGAUAAUUGCAGUGAGAUUCUUCAAGUUGAUGUGCCUGGUUUAUUUUUCAUCAUUUUGUACAUUCAUGCCGUACCGAUUAGCAUGUUUCAUUUACUUCUGUUCUUAUUUUAUAAAUAUGUAUCAGCUGCCAUAGCUUCCUUCGUAUCUAGUUUGAGUUCUCCAUUUUCAUCACACUUUCUGUGGUUAUUUUAUUUAUAGCUAACAAUUAAACAAGCUCCGUUCCACAGGAACAAUGGGCUUUUCUUUAACCAGCAGAAUUUUGUGAUGAAAAUGCUCCAACUAUUGGGAGUAAAUCUGUGAUUUGAAAUGGAGAGUAUCCAAUAUGUGUGUGUAAAUAGUACAUAACUUUUUGAUGUAUACCAUGUUUGUCCAGACUGUCUUUACAUUAUAGUGUUGCCUCUAUAGAUGUCUGUAUAUAGAUAUAUAUAUUAAUGUGAGAUAUUUUAUCUCAACAAAAGGUAUAAUAAACAUUACAGGUGAAAAAAAA